UGCGUGAAAUGAGAAUUCGGAGCAAAUUCGGAAUCAACGCAAAAUCUCCCUGCGCGGCUCGACCUCCCCUUUCCUCGCGUCGCCGCCGCCUCGUCGGUCGCCGCACUUGGCAACGGAGCCACCACGCGCUUGCCUAAAUAAGGCAACGGUCGCCGGCGCAGCUAAACCCCUCACCAAUCCAUAAACCCUAAUAAAAUCGCCCGCUCUCGCCUCGUGCCGGCGCCGCACGCUCCCUCGAGUUGAGAUGGAGGGGGAGCAGGAGCAAGGAGGAGGGGAGCCGUGGGGUCCCGAGGCCGGCGCUAGCUCUGGCGGCGGCGGCGGGGAGAUCAAGAAGGGGAAGGGGAGUCCGUGCGAGGAGUGCGGCGAGCAGCCGUGGAAGUACCGGUGCCCCGGCUGCUCCCGCCUCACCUGCAGCCUCCCCUGCGUCCAGUCGCACAAGCGCCGCACCGCCUGCACCGGCAAGCGCCGCCGCGCCGACCCCGUCCCGCUCGCCCGGUUCGACGACAACCAGCUCCUCUCCGAUUACAACCUCCUGGAGGAGACGAAGCAGGUCAGGGAGUCUGCGCAUAGGCUUAUCGGCGCCUUCGGCCGCAACUAUGGACUCCGGGGAGCUCAGCUGCCGAAGUGGCUCUUUUUCCUCCGCAAGGCGGCGCACCGGCGUGGUAUCUGGCUCCACUUCCUUCCCAGGGGCAUGGUCAGGAGGGAGAAGAACCGUUCAAGACACAACCACAGAAAGGACUGCAUAUACUGGACAAUUGAAUGGAGAUUCAAUUCAACAGAUGUUGUCCUAACUGACCACAACAUAGAUGAGCACGCCAGCUUGCUAUCAUUAUUGGAAAAACAUCUGAGUGCUGGCCCUUGGAAAGAUCAGCUCACACCAUACCGCAAUACAGAUUUGCGUGAUCUAAGACUUUUCAUUCAAAAGUCUGCCAAGGAAUCAGCAUCACCAUAUCGCCAACUCAAUGUAGAAGAACCAUUGGGUCCGCAACUGAGGAGCAUUAACAUUGUUGAGUACCCAACUAUUAAUGUCUUUCUUCCAUCAGACAGUUGUGGCUUCGAAGUUGAAAAGAUUGUAAACAAGCUUCCUGCAAAUGGGAAGCCCCCUAGCAGCUCGACAGAUAGCCCAGAUCUAGAAGGCACUGAGUUUCAUGAGGAAGAGAUAGAAGAAGGAGAGUUAGCAUCAGAAACUCAGGUUAUAGAUCUCAAGGAUUGUGGAACUUCACAUACCUCUAGCCUUGCUUCAGGAAAGGAUACAAGUGAAUCUAGGGUAGACAUCAAGACAGAUUCUUCGAAGGUGUCUUAUGUCAGCAGUCAUGGUCAACAAAAAGUACUGAAUGAACAAAGCAAGAUGGCACCAAAUACAACUUCUGGGACUUCCAAAACUGACAUUUGCAUGAAAUUCCGUCUGGCGGACAUGGAGGAAAGUGGGGAUGGUGGGUUGAGCUUGGAAAGGCAGGACAUAGACAGUAAGAACCAAGCAGCUUCACGUCCUGAUAAUCUUACACCAGUGAAAGGUACAACCGUAUCUAAGAUAGAUAGCAACACAGAUUCUUUAGUACUGUCGUCUGUCAGUAUUCUAGCAUCUGAUGGCUUCAAUUGUCCUCAGGCUGAACAUAAUCAACAAAGCAAGCUGACACCAAAUUCAACUCCUGAAGCUCUAAAAAGGAAGUCUUGCAUGAAAGUUUAUCCACUGGACACCGAGGAAAAUCUGGGGUUAUUCUCAGAGGUUCCCAACUUGGCCUUUGAGCAAGAAAUCGGAAAUGCUUAUUCAGAUUUGUUUGGGGACAUAAAUCCUGAUGAUUUCCUUAACUUUGAUCUUGAAAUAAUGGAUGAAGAUGAAUUGGUAGGAAUACCAUCCCCACUUAAGCUGUGGGAAGAUCUGGAGGAAGGGGAGAUUCCAACCGCUUCAUCACUGUGACUGUGGGAUGAUCUUAUAUUCUUAUAUAUCAGUGUAGCAAUUAGCAAAUGAGCUUUGCCAAGACAGGAAUUUUCUCUAGAGUCAAUCUGUAACAGUGAAGCACUCAGAUUUAUCUGUCAGUGCCACAUAGUUUUUGUUUCUUGGUCUAUUAUUCGUUAGAAAUUAUUUGUCCAAGUUUAUUUGUCUCUUCUCCGUCUUGCGGAGCAGCAUAGGUCGCCUGGUCGUGCAAACGUAAGGCUACUUGUUUGCUGGCUGCAGUAAUUUUGGGGCUGUAACUUUGUCAUGCUUGUCGAUUGUUGCCAGUUGUCUUUUUUGAAUGGAAUCCAAUUGAUAAUGUAAAAUUGGAUGUAGAAAUAUUAGUUUACAAAAUUUACCAUCAAUGUUACUGUCCAACGUAUCAGCAUGUUGGUUACAAUAGGCAUUUGUGUUUUCUGAACCUGAAA